GAAGGAGUUGGGUGUUCGUUGCAUCAGCGAAGUGGGAUGCUUGCAUGCUGAAGCACAUUUUUUAGUUUGUUUUUUAAUUGGGAUCGUGUUCGUAUUUUAAGCAGUUUGAUUUCACAAUGAGGUUGUAUUUGACUGAGGGCAACCCGCACUGUUUGAAAGUCGUGGCUGCGGUGGAGCUGACGGGAACCAGAUGCGAGCUGCAGUUCGUUGGUGUUGAAGAACGAGUUGUGCCGUUCCUGUCUCAUUCGAAGCUGCCGUGUCUGCAACUCGACAGUGGGAACUAUCUCUUUUCCACCAAUGCCAUCUGCCAGUACCUGUUUACCCUUCGUGGAAAGGAACCCAGCGACUUAACCAACCAGUGGCUGGAAUGGGAAGCAACUGAACUCCAGACUGCACUCUCGGGGGCUCUGUACACAGCGGUGGUCCAGGGAAAGAAAGAAGAAGCUGCCGGCACCCUUCAGAAGAAAUGGACGUACAUCGACCAGAGCUUGACGAGAAGAUCGUUCCCUUACCUGGCUGCAGACGCAAUAACAGUUGCAGACAUUGUCCUGUGGGGGGCGCUUUAUCCUCUCCUGUCUGAUUCUGCUUUCCUGCUUGGAGAUCUGAAGGCGCUGAGGGGCUGGUUUGAGCGUGUGUGUGCAGUGGCAGCCUGCAGGAAAGCCGUCGAGUCUAUCCUGAAGGGGAAAGGGCUGCAGGGUUUGAAACCGUACCUCCAGAAGCAGCCAGCCCCCUCCCAAAGAGCAGAAACGCCAACCAGCAACGAGCCAGAGGGGGGUGAGUCAGCGGAUCGAGUCCUGACCGAAGAGGAGAUUCGAGCUGCAGCCGAUUCCUGGAGUAAAGGACUGUCUGGCUGGCCCAAACCCAAACUGAUCCAGCACCCUGUCCUCCCUCAGCCCAAUGAGAAGAACGUCCUGAUCACCAGCGCCCUGCCCUACGUCAACAACGUGCCUCACCUGGGGAACAUCAUCGGCUGCGUGCUGAGCGCCGACGUCUUCGCAAGGUUCUGCCGGCUGCGGAACUGGAGCACGCUGUUCGUGUGCGGCACGGACGAGUACGGCACAGCCACGGAGACCAAGGCCCUGGAGGAGGGGCUGAGCCCCCAGCAGAUCUGUGACAAGUACCACGCCGUCCACGCGCAGAUCUAUCAGUGGUUCGGCAUCUCCUUCGACCACUUUGGCAGGACCACCACCCAGCGGCAGAGAGAGAUCUCUCAGGAUAUCUUCCGGAGGCUGCUGGAGAGGGACUUCCUGCUGCAGGACACGGUGGAGCAGCUGCGGUGUGAAAGCUGUCAGAAGUUCCUGGCUGACCGCUUCGUGGAGGGAUUCUGUCCCUUCUGUAACUACGAGGAGGCUCGCGGAGACCAGUGUGACAAAUGUGGCAAACUCAUCAACGCCACUGAGCUCAAGAAUCCUCAGUGCAAGAUAUGCAAAGGAACUCCUGUUGUCAAAUCCUCCAAGCAUCUCUUCCUUGACCUACCAAAGUUGGAAUCCCGCUUGGUGAAGUGGCUGGAGGACUCCAUGGUCUCUGGUAACUGGACCCCCAACGCUCGCUUCAUCGCUCGCUCGUGGAUCCGUGACGGCCUCAAGCCACGUUGCAUCACCCGAGACCUCAAGUGGGGCAUCCCUGUGCCCCUGGAGGAAUUCAAGGAUAAAGUGUUUUAUGUCUGGUUUGACGCUCCAAUCGGGUAUCUUUCCAUCACUGCUAACUACACCGACCAAUGGGAGAGAUGGUGGAAAAACCCUGAGCAGGUGCAACUGUAUAACUUCAUGGCCAAGGACAAUGUCCCGUUCCACAGCGUGGUCUUCCCCUGUUCACUGCUGGGAGCUGAGGAUAACUACACCCUGGUCAACCACCUCAUAGCCACAGAAUACCUGAACUACGAGGAUGGGAAGUUCUCAAAGAGCCGCGGCGUGGGUGUGUUUGGAGACAUGGCGAAGGAGACGGGCAUCCCGGCUGACAUCUGGCGCUUCUACCUGCUGUUCAUCCGCCCAGAGGGGCAGGACAGUUCGUUCUCCUGGAGCGACCUGCUGCUGAAGAACAACUCGGAACUGCUCAACAACCUGGGCAACUUUAUCAACAGGGCUGGGAUGUUUGUGUGCAAGUUCUUCGAGGGUCGAGUCCCCGAGAUGGAGCUCCACGACGACGAUAAAAGGCUGCUGGCUCAAGCCACCUGGGAGCUGAGACAAUACCUGCAGCUCCUGGAGAAAGUCAGAAUCCGCGAUGCGCUGAAGUGCAUCCUGAACAUCUCUCGCCAUGGCAACCAGUACAUCCAAGCGAACGAGCCAUGGAAACGGAUCAAAGGGACCGACGCGGACAGGAAGCGAGCGGGCACAGUGACUGGCGUGGCAGUGAACGUGGCGUGCCUGCUGUCCGUCAUGCUGCAGCCCUACAUGCCCAGCGUCAGCGCCUCAAUCCAGGAGCAGCUGCUGGCACCAGCGCAGUGCAACGUGCUGGCGGACGAGUUUGUGUGCAUCCUGCCCGGCGGGCAUAAGAUCGGAACGGUUAGCCCUCUGUUCCAGAAGCUGGAGACAGACGAGGUUGAGUCUUGGAGGAAGCGUUUUGGAGGGCAGCAGCCGGAGGAAGGCUCUGCAGACCAGUCAAAGACUGAAGCCAAGCCAACCGCUGAGGCGAAAGCGGCCGCCCCUGUCGCUGAGGAUGCUGGGAAAGGCGCGGAUCCGCAGAGAGCGAAGCAGCUGGCAGAGGAAGUGACGAAACAGGGGGAGGUGGUGCGCGAGCUAAAGGCACAGAAGGCGGAGAAGGCAGUGAUUGGGGCAGAAGUGACCAAACUACUGGAGCUGAAGAAGCAGCUGGUCUUGGCUGAAGGAAAGACCGCCGAAGCCCCAGCACAGAAAGGGAAAAAGAAGAAGUGA